UUUUGUUCCCUUGGUUUUUCUGAGCACUUUCGACGGUCUUCACUCUUUCUUCUGACCUACCCCAACUCCCUCAAUUUCUCUUGUUAUCAAAAAUGGCGAACGCGCUGGAAGAGCUCGCUGACUUUCUGAAGGACUCUCGCUCGCUUGUGCGUGCGCACGCGGUGGACACUGUGGCUGGACUGACGGCGUCUGCGGACGGGCUCGAGUACAUUCGCGCCUACCCGCGGCUGGCUGACGAGCUGCUCGCGCGGCUGUCUGACGCCGACCCUGGCAUUGCGCGCGACGCAUUCAAGGCUGUAGUGAACAUGACUGGCGACCGGACGCUUGCCCAGCGGACGAUCGACGUGCCUGGGCUGUUUGCGCACCUCGUGGCGACCACGACCGAGCCAACGUCGCUGUUUGCCGACCUCGCCGCAAUGGUGCUGUCCAACCUCACACGCAACGAGCUCGGCUGUGGCAAGCUGCUCGGCACAAACACGCCCGAGGAAGGCCAAGCGCUGUACAAGCUCGUCGACGUCUUCUGCAAGGGCGCCUUCAACCACAACCCGAACGCAUCGCUCAACUUUCUGGCUCCCAUCCUCGAGAACGUCUCGCAGUCGAACUUGGGACGGCGGCUGCUGGUCGACCAGGAGCGCGCAGUGCUGCCACGGCUGCUCACCCACCUCGAAAACCCAGACCGCGUUCGUCGCGGCGGCGUCGCUGGCAUUGCCCGCAACUGCUGCUUUGAAACGGCGGCGCACGAGUAUCUGCUCGGCGAGAAGGUCGAUAUUCUGUCAUUCCUGCUGCUGCCGCUGUGCGGUCCGGAAGAGUUUGACGACGAGGACAUGGACGGCAUGCCCGAUUGCUGCCAAUAUCUCGACAGCAGCAAGCAGCGUGAACCCGAAGUCUCCAUUCGCCGGCAUCUCGUCGAAGCCCUGUAUCAGCUGUGCGCCACCAAGCAUGGGCGAACAGUUCUUCGCGCCAAAAAGGUCUACCCCAUCAUUCGCGAAAUGCACAAGCACGAAACGGAUUCUGAUCUUGACAAGGCGUGUGAUCAUCUUGUGCAAGUGCUUGUGGGCGAGGAGAGCGGACAUGAGGACUUGAAGCAAGUCCCGCUGCCCGAAUCCUACACUUCCAAGCUGGCCGAGCAAGUACGGCCCACCACUUCCAUCGAGGACGACAAUGACGACGAUGCCAUCAUGGUUGAUGAUCCAUCUCUCUUUUGAGAGCACGAAUCAAUGUUGUAGUACAAGAGCUGUUAUGAUUUUAAUAGAGAUGGGU